AUGGCUUCCCAACCAUUGACAUAUGAUGAUUGUUUUUUAUUAUCUAAUAUAUGUUUAAAUUCAGAACGAAUUUCUAGUCUUCUUGAGUAUCGUUUUAAAAGCAAUUCGAUUCGAACAAGCUUUGAUUUUAAGUCGAUUCUUCCUGAAAAACCAUCGGAUAAUGCAAAAAUUUCUCGAUCAUUCUUAAAAGUUCGUCCAAAAAAUGUAAAUUCAGUAAAUAAUAAUGAUGAUAAGAAUAUCUUAUCUGAAUCAUCGGAAGAUGAAAUUGACGAAAUUUCUUCACCAAAAACACCAAUCAAUGUUGCCGAUGAUGAUUAUCUUAAUAGUCUUGCAGAAUGGGAACCUAAUAACCUUCGACCAAUAAUUGAAAGUGAUGAAGAAGAAGAACAACAACAAACGAGAAGUGAUGUACAGAAAAUUAAUUAUGAUAAUACUCCUGUUGAUUCCAUGGAUUUAUCAACAGCACUUCCUAUAAGUCAAGCCGAAGAUUUGCUUAUUACAUUUAUUCAUCGUUCAAUCAAAAGUGAACCGAUGAUAUAUGAUGAUAAUGAUUUUAAUCGUUCACAAUUAGAUGGACAAACCGAUUUUCUAUUUGAUAAGAAUAAUAUACCAGAAAAACGAAAAGAAAAGCAAAACCUAGAUCAAAUUAUAUCUAAAAUAAAGUCAAAAAUUUCAAGAUCAACUCAAACCGUUGAAUUAAAUGGUGCGUCAGAGCAAUUUAAUACGUAUCAUACAAAUCAUAAUAAGAAAAUGAAAAUUUCUAAUCAAUCAUACCAUCAAAAUAAUAAUAAACAAUCAAAAAAGAUGUUUACAUCACAAUUAUCAUUACCUUUACUUAAAACAAAUGAAAGUGCUAUUCAUCCAUUUGAUAAACGAAAUCGUAUCUUAUCAAAUAAUCAAAACAUUGAGACAAAUAUUUAUUCUCAAUAUAAACAUAAUCAACAAGUUUCUUCAUCGAUAAAAGAAAAAUCAAUGGAAAGAAGUAUGAAGUUAGUUGAAGACAUAUUGAAUAAUUAUCAAACAACAAAACCAAAAGCUUCAAACCCAAAUUUUAUUCAACAGAAAAAACCUCCAACAAAUAUUAUAAAAGCUUCUAAAUCAACAGAUUUAUCGUUUGUGAAAAAUACGACGAAAAAAAAACGAUUAGAUACUCAAUUAAAUUAUAAUUCACGAACUACAACACGUUCAUCGUCAAAAAAUAACAACAAAUCAUUAGUAGCACAUACUGGUAAAACUCUUCUAGACUAUUUUAAAUCUGUUAAACAUUCAUCAAAAAACAAUAAUAUUCAAUGUUUUCCAGUGGUAAAAAAACGAACUGAUCGAGUGGAAUCAUCGAUUAACAAGACGAAAGAAAGACCAGCAAAUUAUUUCGAUGGAUGUAUUGUUAUUGACGACGAUGAUGAUGGUAAUGAUAAGAAGAACAACAAUGAUGCUAACGAUAAUGACAUACAAUUAAUUGAAAAACAAUGUUAUUCUAUUCAUAAUAAUAUUCAUACACGUGAAAAACUUCUUGAUCAUGCUGUUGAUUCAUCAGAAAUGCGUAUUAAAUGGUUAAUUAAUCUGGAAUCAUUUUUACUUGAACAUAUUUCAAUAUGUCAUCAAAAAAAUAUUCAACCAAGAAAUGAAUUUUAUUUAAAUAAUUGCAUUAAAUAUGAAGAUAUCGAUAAUGUAUUAUCAUAUCAUAUUAAUACAUCAUUUAUUUCAAUAAUAAUUUUAAAUUUCUUAAAAAUGUUUAUCAUUCGAAAUUUAAAUCAUGAUCAAGAUGAACUUUCAUUUUUUCAAUAUGGUUUAACAUCUCAUUUACGUUAUUUAUUAAUUGAAUUACCAACAUAUAAUCAUAAAAAUACUGAUGAUAAUAAUUGUUUACAAUGUCAUCAAUAUAGUUCGAUUAUAAAUAUUUUAUUUGAUUUAUUAUUUGAUUUAAUCGAAUAUGAUCUAUGUGAAAUAAAUAAUAAGAAAAUAUAUCGUUCAAAAUUAAUUGAAGAUGAUUAUUUUAAUCAAUUUCUUCAACAAAAAAAGAUUAUAAAAAAAAAUAAAUUUUACCAUAUUAAAUUAAUUAUUUAUUUUAUUGAAUUAAUUGAAAUACAUAGAAAUAAAUGCCAAAAUAAAAAAGAAAUUUUUCAUAUAAAGGAAAAUCAUAUAUUUCAAUCGAUUGAAAACUUUCUUCAACAUAUUAUUGUAAAAAUAAAUACGUAA